AUGGAUUGGCAGCUUUGGGGACUCGCUCUAUACCUCCAUGUGGCUUUCUCAGCUUCUUGGGACUGUCUCUCUCAGUGUUCCAUGUGCGUUCUUCAUGGCCAGGAUGCAGAGAAGCCCAUCAACCCCUUACGCUGUGCUCUGGAGUGCCAAGGCUCCCUGCUGUCCAGCGCGGAGUGGUUGAAAUGCAAGCGGGCCCUCUCGGUCUUAACCUCCUUGGCGAAGGAGGCGGAGGCGGGCAGAUCCUCCCAGGUGGGUGAAGAGGAGAGGGCUGGCCAGGCGGCGAAUGCCAGCCUCUGGGAUGCUGCUGAGUGCAUCAAACGGCCCAGCAGCUGGGCGAAGGACCCGACUCAACCCAAGUUCUCUUCUCUUCUCCAACAGAACGUCCUCCCCCAGAGGGACGUCAGCAAGGCGUACGGGGGCUUUUCCCAGAAGAGCGGGGAGAGCGCAGACUCGGAGCCAGGGGCAGAAGAGGAUGACCCCGAGGCGCUGGAUCUUGGGGAUCUGGUCUCCCACGGCGAGGCACCCGAUCCGGGCUCCCUCAAGGCGGAGAGGAAACGCUACGGGGGCUUCCUGCGCAAAUACCCCAAGCGAGGCUCCGGCACGGCGGGGGCCGAGGAGGACGGGGGCGGCCUGGAGGACCUGCACAAACGCUACGGGGGCUUCAUGCGCAGGAUCCGUCCCAAGCUCCGGUGGGACAAGCAGAAGCGCUACGGGGGGUUCCUGCGGCGCCAGUUCAAGGUGACCUCGCGCUCAGGGGAAGAGCCCAAGGCCGCCUCCGGGGAGGCCGUCGACCUAUAG